AUGGAUGCAUCCGAAGCCAAAGAAAAGAAACUUACCUCCCUUCGCGAAUCCAUCGCCAACCUAGAAACCCAGCAGGCGCAACUGGAAUCAGAACUAGCCUCGACAACCUCCCAACUCAAAAAUGACCCCACAGCAACAGUCAAACGCCACAUCCGCCUCUUACAUGAAUAUAAUGAAAUCAAAGAUGUCGGACAGGGAUUGAUGGGACUUAUUGCUGAGGGCAGGGGUGUGCGACAGAUUGAAGUUGAGAGGGAGUUUGGAGUUGGGGACAAGGAUUGA